UUCCGGUGGUCAGCCAGCAUACCAGGAGUUACUGCCUUUAUUCACUAGAGCAGCUUCUCUCAAUAUAAUAACGCUGGAUCUAUCGAAGCCUUUCAAUGAGAGGUUUGAUCUGAUGUACAGGAUCGAUGGACAAUACUUCCCAUGCCACUCCAAGUCAAGUCAGUUAGCAUUCUUCCAGUCUGCAGUUUCGACUGGAGCUAGUUUUAAGCCUCUUGAUAUUUCCUGCAUCUCCAAGAAACCGACACACUCCAUGCAUCUUGUAUUGGGAACACAUUAUGACAAGGUGAGUGAUGCUACUCUAAAAGAAAAGGAAGAGAUUCUAAAGUCUUCAAUGUCUUCGCUGCAGUCUUACUUAAAAAAUUGCGUUAUUCAUCAUAAAAAAUCUAUCAUGUAUCCUGUCAACACGAUUGCUGCAUCAGAAGAAAGAGCUAAAUACAGUGAAGAGAUUUGCAAGGCAAUAUGGUGUCAUGGUUCUGAUGCUUCACUGGAAAUCAAAAUACCAAUUCGAUGGUUUGCUUUUGAGCUAUCUUUGCCCGAGCAGAGUAUUGUGUUAGUUAAGGACGCUUUAUCUAUUGGAGAAAGAUACGGGAUGAAUGAGGAAGAUACUAAACAAGCUUUGAGAUAUUUCCAUAAUGUGAGUCUCAUGUUAUAUUAUCCAAAAGUUACGAAUGUCAUCUUUAUUGAUUCUAAGCCAAUCCUCGAGAUUCUCUCACAAUUAUUAGCUCUCACAUACAUUGAUGACUAUGAUGCUUUGGCUUCAAUUUUAGACAAACGUCUUCCUCUCGAAGUUACUAAUAAUCUCGAGGAUGGAAUCUUCAAUGAAAAUAUUUUUGAGCAUUUAAAGUCAAAGUCUGUCGUCUUUUCCCUGCCAGAGUUCCAGAUGUCUGACCUAAUCAGACUCCUCCUUCAUCUUAACAUCAUCACAAAACUAGAAGAUGAACCAAAGGGACACUACUUCAUUCCUUAUGCUCUUCCUUCAUACAAUGAACCAGUUUCAAUUAAGGAGACUAAUGCUAAGCCACUCCUCAUAGUCUGGAGGGAAGAGGAGAGUGAAGAGAUCCUACCAGCUCCUACAGGAUUGUUUCCUUUAACCAUCGUAAACCUACUCAACCAGAAAGAAUACGUUGCUAAAAUCUCGCCGUCGACACCAGGGUAUUUUAAAUUUCGAGAUGCCAUGUCCCUCAAGAUAACGAUCACAUCAAAGCACACACUUCACCUCAUCAACCGUUACACUCAUAUUGAAGUGUACUUUACUGGUCCUACCCAGCACUGUCCAUUAGUACGUAAUCUACUCAAAACAGCUAUUGAUAAUAGCAGUGAUGCCAUGCACCUCAAGCAUAAUUACGUCAAUGCAUUUGCUUGCCCUAACAAUGAGAGCUGCUAUUGUAUUAUAAAUGAAGAUCACCAUAAAGUAGCUGAUUGUACAGUUUGUGGUGAAUCUCCUGCUCUUAGCAAUGACUACUGGACCUGGUUUAAUGAUGCACAAGGACGUGAUGAGUGUAACAAUGGAACACAAAUAAAACAUGAUAAUGAUCAGCCAUCGGAUGAAAAUAUCCUAGACAAGAUGCCUCAAUUGAAUGAUCUUGUUAGACUAUUUGAUAGUUAUGCUGCUCAGUUUAAACUCAUUGGUAUUGCAUUAUCAGUUCGAGUGGAUGACCUGCUACCAUGUCCUGAGGUUACUACUAAUAACCUCAUGCAAGUGUUCCAGAGAUGGAUACGCAGAGAUAAAGACGUGACCUGGAGGACUAUCCUAAGAGUUUGUCAAGACUAUCCUGAUCAUCUUGGAAAGGCAGAGGCUGAAGUCAAGCAGUUCCUUUCAUCACCCACUGCCCAUUCUCUUUAUGAUCCCCUACCUGAUGAGAGUAAGAGUACCACUAGAGCUCAUGACCAUUGUUUUAAAUUUUUUCCUAGUAAAAGUCAUGCUUUUGUUUUCAUUGCUUCUUUGAUAUUAGUACUCGUUGCUAUUUUGAUAUUAUAUUUGUGUUAAAAGCCACACUUUUUCAUUAUUUUAAAUUAGUAAUAACUUUUUUCAUUUUAAAA